UCAUACUCUCUCUCUUUAGUAUUUAAUUGAAAUUCAGUGAUGAGUAAAUGAAUUAGGUGAUUUUCAUUUCAUUUCAUUUCAUUUCAUUCAGGCCUUCCUCAUCCAAAUCCACCGCCGCUCCGAGCCAUGUUCUUGCCUCGAUUCCUCGCCGUCGUUUUUCUCUCCUCCCUCUGUUUCCUAACCCUCACUACCGGAGCCGCUCGCCUGCCGGACGACGAAGUCGAAGCGUUGAAGGAGAUCGGAAGGACAUUGGGAAAGACCGACUGGAAUUUCGCCGCCGAUCUAUGCGGCGGCGUCGGCUCCGGUUGGAUAACGAAUUCGACGCAGUUCGAUCCAAGUUUUGUUAACAAUGUUACCUGCAAUUGCUCGUUCCAAAAUAAUACUGUUUGUCACGUCACUAACAUUGCUCUGAAGGCGCAGAGUCUUCCAGGUACUCUGCCGCCGCAAAUAGUGAGGUUGCCUUUCCUGCAGGAACUUGAUCUCACCCGCAAUUAUCUCAGCGGCCGAAUUCCUCCAGAAUGGGGUUCAUCCAAGCUUCUCAAAAUUUCCCUUCUUGGAAAUCGAUUGACGGGUCCUAUCCCAAAAGAGAUUGGAAACAUCAGUACUCUUGCGGAGUUGGUUCUGGAAAUGAAUCAUUUCUCUGGAAGUAUACCUCCAGAAAUUGGGAAUUUGACCAGCUUAUCAAGAUUACUUCUUACCUCAAACAACUUUUCUGGGGAGCUCCCACCGUCCCUGGCAAGGAUAACCACAUUGACGGACUUUCGAAUUAGUGAUAAUCACUUCACAGGGUCAAUUCCUAAGUUUAUUCAGAAUUGGAAGAAUCUUGGAAAAGUAGCUAUUCAGGCAAGCGGGUUGAGUGGGCCAAUUCCUUCUGAAAUUGGACUUUUGACAAAUUUAACUGAUGUGAGAAUCAGCGACUUGAAUGGCGGUUCAUCGCUCUUUCCACCCCUUGAUACUUUGACAAAAUUGAAAGUCCUGAUAUUGAGGAGUUGCAAUAUAACUGGGGUGCUGCCCGACAAUCUUGGUGGACUUACAGCAUUGAAAACUUUAGACUUUAGCUUCAACAAAAUUACUGGACCAAUACCUGCCAGCUUUGAAGCGUUGAAAAAAGUGGAUAGCAUAUAUCUAUCUGGAAACAUGCUAAAUGGAUCAGUGCCCUCUUGGAUGCUACAACAAGGAGAAAGCAUCGAUCUCUCUUAUAACAAAUUUACUCGGAUAAAUGAUCAGAACACUGGUUGCCAAUCACGAAAUUUAAACCUGUUUGCGAGUUCUUCACAGGACAAUAAUUUGAAUGGAGCAGUUUCCUGUUUACCGAGCACUUGUGGAAAAACUUCGUACUCUCUCCAUAUCAACUGCGGUGGGAAGGAAGAAACAAUUAACGGAACACCCAAAUUUGAUGCGGACACAAACACUGGAAAGUCGUCAUUGUUUUCUCAAGGUGGAGAAAAUUGGGGAUUUAGCAACACUGGUAAUUUUAUGGACGAUGAUCGCACAACAGACGAUUUUAUCGCAUUAAACUCAUCUGCUCUCUCAAUAUCAAAUCCUGAAUUGUACAUGAGGGCACGCAUUUCUCCGAUCUCUCUUACUUAUUAUGCAUAUUGCAUGGGUAAUGGAAACUACACAGUAAGCCUCCAUUUUGCUGAGAUAAUGUUUACUGAUGACAAAUCAUACAGAAGCCUUGGCAGACGCUUAUUUGAUGUCUACGUUCAGGGAAAACUGGAGUUGAAGGAUUUUAAUAUUGCAGAUGCAGCAGGUGGUAUUGGCAAACCUUUUGUAAAGAAAUUCACAGUUUCUGUGACUAAUGGUACUAUAGAAAUCCGCCUAUUUUGGGCUGGGAAGGGGUCAAAUGCUAUCCCUGUGCGAGGAGUUUAUGGUCCUUUAAUUUCCGCCAUUUCUGUUGAUCCUGACUUUAAGCCACCAUCAGAGGAUGGACAUGCCAUAUCUGCUGGUACAGUGGGUGGAAUUGUGGCUGCUGUGGUCUCUGUUAUCAUCUUGGUUCUUGGAGUGUUGUGGUGGAGAGGAUGUCAAAGAAAGACGGGCACACUUGAACAAGAGUUGAAGGGUCUAGAUCUCGGAACAGGUUCCUUUUCAUUAAGACAAAUCAGAGCUGCCACUAACAAUUUUGAUGCUGCCAAUAAGAUUGGAGAAGGAGGUUUUGGUCCUGUUUACAAGGGCGUUCUUGCCGAUGGCACCGUAAUUGCAGUGAAGCAACUCUCUGCAAAAUCAAAGCAAGGAAAUCGUGAAUUUGUGAAUGAGAUAGGGAUGAUAUCUGCAUUGCAGCACCCUCAUCUAGUGAAGCUUUAUGGAUGUUGUAUUGAAGGAAAUCAACUUUUGCUUAUAUAUGAGUAUCUGGAAAACAAUAGCCUUGCUCGUGCCUUAUUCGGACCCCAAGAAUGUCAGCUGAAAUUGGAUUGGCCAACUAGGCAGAAGAUUUGUGUUGGUAUAGCCAGAGGUUUAGCAUACCUUCACGAGGAGUCGAGACUUAAGAUUGUUCACCGAGAUAUCAAAGCUACCAAUGUUCUGCUCGAUAAAAACCUCAACCCCAAGAUUUCCGACUUCGGUUUAGCCAAGCUGGAUGAAGAAGAAAAUACACACAUCAGCACCCGGGUUGCGGGAACAUUCGGGUAUAUGGCACCAGAAUACGCCAUGCGAGGCUACUUAACCGACAAGGCAGAUGUUUACAGCUUUGGCAUUGUGGCGUUGGAGAUAGUUAGUGGUCGAAGCAACACGAGUUUCCGAACCAAGGAUGAUUGCUUUUACCUUCUUGACCAUGCUAAUACUCUAAAAGAGAAAGACAGUUUAUUAGAGCUUGUGGAUCCACGGUUAGGGUCUGAUUUCAACAAGAGAGAGGCAAUAGCGAUGAUCAACAUUGCUCUCCAAUGCACAAACGUCAUUGCUGGGGACAGACCCGCCAUGUCCUCUGUGGUGAGCAUGCUGGAAGGGAAGGUUGCCGUGAAGGAGUUGGUUUCAAAUCCUAGUGUCUCAAAACAAGAUGUGAAUGCAAUGUGGAGCCAAAUUUAUCGCCAGAAAGGGCAAACGACAGACGAGAGCCAGACGCAAAGUUCGACGAUGGAUGGACCAUGGACUGGUUCUUCAACAAGUGCCAGUGAUCUCUACCCCAUCCUCAUGGAUUCUAAAUACUUGGAGAAUAGAAGCCAAGGUUGAUAUUACUUCGUCCUCAAUCAUUUUCUGCUUGCAUCUUACUAUGUUACCCUUCAAAACUUCGAAUAUAUGCUUGUUGCUCUACAAAUGUUUUCUCCCCCCUUUUUGAUUGGCAGUACCAUGCCUAAUGGCCAAUCUCUACUCAAUUACUGUAGAUUUUACAACUUAAAUUGUUUUAUAGUGUUCAAAGGAA